UUGAGAGUCAUGGUAUCAUUAUGCGGGGCGCCAAGGGCCCCGAGUACUUACGAGCAGUCAAAGAUCUUUUACCGGUCGAACCUUGAUUGGCAUGUUACUGUAUCAUGGCGCUGUUGCUGAAGGCGCGGCGCCGUGCUCGAUACUAGAGCCUCCAUCCGACACUCUCUUGAACAUGGAUUCACAAACCUUCAUUCAUCUCUCAACCAUCAUCCAGUCCCAGAACUAUUUUUUCGUGGCUUCUUGGGUCUACGAUUGUUUCCUAACCUUGGAUCAGGAGGUAUCUUUGAUUCAUUGGCUACGGUGGAGCAAAGGAAGUAUUCUUUAUAUCACGACGAGAUAUAUGCCAGCCUUGAUGCUCUCUGUACACUUAUGCAUGAACUAUCUCCCAAAUGAAAAAAUUGUGACUUGUAAAACUCUACAGUCCAUGUGGUAUUGUGCUGCUGCAUUGUGCAUAGCUGGUGCAGAAGGUAUCUUCAUCCUUCGUACCUAUGCAUUAUGGGGACAAAAGAAAUUCAUUCUGGGCCUUAUGUUGUCAACGCUACUCUGCCUGACGAUCUUGAACGUGGUGAUAGCACUGGAGGUUUGGAAGCAGUCAAAACCCUACCUAUCAGACAUAGGUGGCGGUUGUUACUCACUAUCCCAUAAUACGAAGGCUGCAUAUAAUUGGUCACUUCUAGCAGCAUUCGAGCUUGAGAUCAUGGUACUCACCAUGAUUCGUGUAUAUUGGACAUACCGCGAAAGAAGGUCUCUGCUGCUCAACAUCCUUCUGCAACACAACAUUUUUUACUUCGGAACUGGGCUAACACUAUCAGUGCUCAAUCUUUUAGCCAUUGAAUGGCUACCGUUCAAUUCCUCAAAUAUUUUUGCAACACCGUUCGCGACUCCCCUGAGCCCAGAACUACAUCACACUCUCAAUUCACACAUAUUGAACUUCAGACGCGUUCGCAUUCGAAUGCAUGAUGAUUCGAUAGAACUUGUGCAUUUUAUUUUCAUUCAGACUUUUUUCUGUUGUGUUGCAACGAAUCCAAGCUGUUGUUGGGCCAUCAGGACAAAGUGACAGAUAUAGGGUAGUAUACAGUGCUUGCUAGGCUGACGAUCGAAAAUUACCAGACGUCUCAGAAUACGCUUCUCGCUUCCGUCAGAGUUGCAUAGGAGCACGGGCCUCCGAGUCGUA